AUGGUAAACGACGACAAAAUUUUCAAUGGAAUGGAAGAAGUAGUGAGUAACCUAGAAAGCUAAUAAAAUUAUUACAAAACAAUAUUUUUUGAAGAUUAAAUCAAGAAUAAAUAAUGCUCUUUUAAUCAAAGGAAAAACUGGAAUUCCGCAAGAACUUAUUGAAAAACAUACUGCAACAGUAAAAUUGAACAAAAAUGAAAAAGGAAUUGGAAUAUCUAUUUAUAAUGGAUUAGUUUGUCGCAUGAAAUACAAAAGUCCAUUCAAAGGACAAAUUAAUAUUGGCGAUAUUGUUAUGUUUCUAAAUGGUUCAUUGGUUCAUUUUGAGAAAAAGUAACACAGUUUCUUGUUAUCUGGAAAGUAAAUUUUUUUUUAUUUACAGAGAUAAUGUUCAAUCAAAACAUUUUGGUACAUUAGCUCAAGAAAUGUUAUCCAAAGAUUCUCCAACUUUAGAAAUUGGUUUUAUCCGAUUAAAAUCUCGACUUCUUGAUGUUCCUGUACCAAAAGGUUUCACUGCAACAGAAGAUUACAAAACUGAUACAGUUUUUGUUUAUCUAUAUAGUUUUAUGAAAUUUGGUUUACAUGUUCAGAAAGUGAUGGGAACUGCAAUUGUUUCUUAUACAACACCAAUUUCGAUAUCUAGUAUCUCUUUCAAUAUUGGAGAGACAAUUCUGACAGUUGAUGAUAAAAAAGUUGAUUGUAUCGAACAAAUUAAAGAACGAAUAAGAGAAGGUUGUAUUGAAAAGGGAUUUGCGAGAGUAACUGUGACAUAUCCGGCAAUUGAUAUUCUUCGAAAUAGUGUUAGGAAUCAAAUAAAUACAGCUGCAAGGGAAAUUGAAAGACCAAUUUAUUCAAUCGGAGAAGAUGCACGAAAAUUUGCUCAAUCAGGAAUUACAGCUGUGAAAACUGCUGCCGAGCCAAAGUCUAUUUUGAGAUUGACGAAAAAACAAGACGCGACUCCAACUGGAGAUGUUAAUUCUAAACAGUGAGUUUCAAAUGGGAGUACUGUAGAACUUCCCCUUAUAAAGUUCAGCGUUGGUAAUAAUAGCAAGUAAAUAAAAAUCUUUCUCUGAUUUGCUCUAAAUAGAUGGGUACUGUAGAUUUCUUCUAUUUUUCUGAAAAAAAUUCCAUGAGCACUUCCAAAAGUAGUUCUUCAUUUUCUGACCCGGUGGGUCGUUCAAAAAUUGCGUAUGCCACCCAUAUUUCAGGGGACAUCGCGGGCAAUUGGGAAAAGUUUUCAACCAGCAAUAAACGCACCUCGGCAAAGCCUCAUUGGUCACGUUAUCGCCCCAGCGCAAAGCUAAUUUAUCCCAUAUUUAGGAAAACUAGUCAUUAGUUUGGCUUGCCGACAUAAAUUGGGUUUUGCUUGUUGACAUGCAAUAUGUGUGAAAUGGGCGGAGCUUAUUUGUUUUAUAGGGAGGGGGUUUGAAAUAGCAAAAGAAUUUAUUUUUUUCAGGAUCAAAACAAGUUUAAUUGGUUUUCGAAAUUCUGUUGGUGAACAUGAUAUUCCAAGUGAAUGGAACUCGAAACUUUUUGUAUGGCUUCCUCCAAUGAAAACUGCAGAUUCGGAGAAAAAUGGAGGUUUUCAAGCAAGUAGUGUCUAUAAAAAACCAUUGAAUUAA